GAUAUGACAAGGGGAAACCCAGUCACCACCUCCCUGUCUCCCCCUCCAUUAUUAUUAUUUUUAUUUUCCAGCCACCUCUUCCUCCUCCUUCCACUGAACAACACUCAACACAGGCACCUUCAUCAUCACCAUCCUCCUCCUCCUCAGCAGCUGACAUUCCUCCUCCUCCUCCAGCUGCUGCUAGUCGUGGUCCCCCCGCCCCCUGCUGCCGCCGCCUCUGCAGGCUGAGUCACCACUAGAAAGUGGGAAGGGCAAUAACAGAAAAAACCCAGAAUCCAAACUGCACAGCUGAGAAGCCUGAAUCCGUUUUUCUAAGUUGGGGCUCAGACGAGCCAUCAUGACUGAUAUAACUAUAGUUAAAGAAGGCUGGGUUCAAAAAAGAGGGGAAUAUAUAAAAAACUGGAGACCAAGAUACUUUCUAUUGAAAACAGACGGAUCAUUCAUAGGAUACAAGGAGAAGCCCCAAGAUGUGGAUUUACCUUACCCUCUAAACAAUUUCUCUGUUGCAAAAUGCCAGCUAAUGAAAACAGAACGACCAAAACCAAAUACCUUUAUCAUCAGAUGUCUUCAGUGGACCACAGUUAUAGAAAGAACAUUUCAUGUAGAUACUCCAGAGGAACGGGAAGAAUGGACAGAGGCAAUUCAAGCGGUAGCAGACAGACUGCAGAAGCUAGAAGAGGAAAGAAUGAGCUGCAGUCCAACCUCUCAGAUAGAUAAUAUUUGUGAAGAAGAAAUGGAUGCAUCUACAACUCACCAUAAAAGAAAGACCAUGAAUGAUUUUGACUACUUAAAACUACUUGGCAAAGGCACUUUUGGCAAAGUUAUAUUAGUUCGAGAGAAAGCAAGCGGAACAUAUUAUGCAAUGAAGAUAUUGAAAAAAGAAGUAAUAAUUGCUAAGGAUGAAGUUGCACACACACUCACAGAAAGCAGGGUAUUAAAAAACACACGACAUCCAUUUUUAACUUCCUUGAAGUACUCAUUCCAGACUAAAGACCGGCUAUGUUUUGUGAUGGAGUAUGUAAAUGGAGGAGAGCUGUUUUUCCAUUUGUCGAGAGAGCGGGUGUUCUCUGAGGACCGCACGCGCUUCUAUGGUGCAGAGAUUGUCUCAGCUCUGGACUAUCUUCAUUCUGGGAAGAUUGUGUACCGUGAUUUGAAGUUAGAAAACUUGAUGUUGGAUAAAGAUGGGCACAUAAAAAUAACAGAUUUUGGUCUCUGCAAAGAAGGAAUCACAGAUGCAGCUACAAUGAAGACCUUCUGUGGAACUCCAGAGUACUUGGCUCCUGAGGUAUUGGAAGAUAAUGAUUAUGGCCGUGCAGUAGAUUGGUGGGGUUUAGGUGUUGUAAUGUAUGAAAUGAUGUGUGGAAGACUACCAUUUUACAAUCAAGAUCAUGAGAAACUUUUUGAAUUAAUAUUAAUGGAAGAUAUCAAAUUCCCCCGAACCCUUUCAGCAGAUGCAAAAUCCUUACUUUCAGGUCUUCUAAUUAAAGAUCCAAAUAAAAGACUUGGUGGUGGUCCAGAGGAUGCUAAAGAAAUAAUGAGACACAGCUUCUUUGUUGGAAUCAACUGGCAAGACGUGUAUGAUAAAAAGCUUGUACCUCCUUUUAAACCUCAAGUAUCAUCAGAAACAGAUACUAGAUAUUUUGAUGAAGAAUUUACAGCUCAAACCAUAACAAUAACGCCACCUGAAAAAUUUGAUGAAGAUGGUAUGGACUGCAUGGAUAAUGAAAGGCGGCCACAUUUCCCUCAGUUCUCAUACUCUGCAAGUGGACGGGAAUAAAUUGUCCUUUGUUGCUUCAUUGUCACCUUGGGUUUAUCACAGGAAAUUAUUCCUCUUCAUUAUCACGAAUACUGGACUUUGUUUAUAUAAAAGGAACACCUCCUUGAAGUCAUUCCAAAAUUAUUAUUUUUUUGUCUUUUACCACUGUUUUUAAGCUUUUUAUUGUUAUUAUAUUUUUUUGCAUGAAUUCUAUGUAUCACAAGUUGCUAACACUUUUUUUUUUCCAAAUACAAUGGCAACUAUAACUAGCAGUUUUCCCAAUUUUGAGGGUAAAUACAUUAAAUGACUUCAAUAUUUUGUUGUUAACAA